AUGCUCAGCGCACAGUACUGCGUCACUCUCGCCGACUCCAACGCUAUUAACCGCGUCUCUAAGGCAUGGGUGCCGAAGGAAUAUGACCGUGAGCAGCUGUGGUUUAGUCGAGACGAGGUCUUCGACAACAACAUCAAGAAGCUAGAGAGCUUAUGGAACCCGGCUAAGACCCUGCGUACGUCUAUUAUUGAAGGCAAGGAGUUAAACAAUGUCCAGCUGAUGAUCCCACCUGGGCUGCUCAAUUCGAAUGGCGGUAGUAUGGGUCUGACGGCUUCGUGUAAGGAGAGGAUUGAGGAUAUUCCAGGCCAUAUUGUCAAGUAUAACGACUGGAAGUACAACAUUAAAGGCAAAAGGCAGUAA